CACUUCUCUCUGACUCCCCACAAAGAAAGAGUGAGAGACUAGAAUCUACUUCACUCUCUCUAAUGGGGGCCUCUGCCAUUUUCUUGUUCCUUCUUCUCUCCUCCCUAGCAUUCCGUCAACAGAUUUUUCACCAACCACUGAUUUUUGUUAAAGGGGACAUGGAUUUGAUCCAAAAAACAUGCAAAAACACCAAAUACUAUGACCUUUGUGUUUCAUCUCUCAAAUCCAAUGCCACAAGUUCAAAAGCAGACACCAAAGGGCUAGCACUAAUCAUGAUUGGUAUUGGAAUAGCUAAUGCCACAGCUACAUCUUCUUAUUUGUCUUCUCAAUUGCCUAGUAGUGCAAACGACACAAUCUUGAAGAAGGUGCUCAAAGAGUGUGCCGAUAAGUAUAGCUAUGCAGGUGAUGCUCUUCAAGCUUCUGUUCAAGACUUAGCCGUGGAAUCUUAUGACUAUGCUUAUAUGCACAUUAUGGCCGCUGCCGAUUAUCCAAAUGGUUGCCAUAAUGCAUUUAAAAGGUACCCAGAAUUGGCUUAUCCGCCGGAGAUUGCACGUAGAGAGAAAGGUUUGAAGCAAAUUUGCGAUGUCGUUUUGGGAAUUGUUGAUCUUCUUGGUUGGUGAUUGUUUGUGUCCACCCUUUAAUGCAUAAUACUUAUGGCUAAUUAUUGGUUGGUAAUUAUUAUAUUUGUUUGUUGCUUUACUUUUAGUGGGCAUUGACUGUUCAGUUCUCUUUAUGAUGCCAUGCCCAUUAAGAAGGAUGUUGAUAGUUGAGCAAAGGAUGUCUUUUUGAAAAGAAAGUUGGUGGAUUGAGUAGUAUUUAAUGGAUUGAAAUGAGAGUAAUAUAUUAUAGUGUCUUUAAUA